UUAGAAACUCCCCGUUCUUUUCCAUCACUCCAAAUAACCACUCCUGUUUCUCGCGCGUGCUAUCGAUUCGUUUUCAAUCAAAACAAGUUAAUUAACAACCACCAUGCCUUCGGAGAAGAAACUAAUUACCUUGCAGAGCUCCGACGGGGAGGUGUUCGAGAUCAGAGCUUCCGUCGCGGCCCAAUCCACGACCCUCAAGAACAUGAUUGAAGACGACUGCGUGUCCACCACCGUUCCUGUGCCCAACGUGGACGGGAAGACCCUCGCGAUGGUGAUGGAGUACUGCCAGAAGCACGCGGACUCGGAAUCCUACAAGGACGACGAGCAGCUAAAAACGUACGACGCCGAGUUCUUGGACACAGACCAGGAGGUUCUGUUCCGCCUGCUGUUGGCCGCCAACUACCUAGACGUCAGGGAAUUGCUGGACGCGACGUGUCAGAAAGUCGCCGACAUGAUUAAGGGAUAUACGCCUGAGGAGAUCAGGAAGACGUUCAAAAUCGCAAACGAUUUUACUCCUGAGGAAGAAGAGGAAGUUCGUAAGGAGAAUGCGUGGGCUUUCGAGUCAUGA